GCCGCCACAGAGCCAGAGUGGGCUGAGCUGAGUCUGAGUGAAGUGCAUGCAUAGUGUGUUAUAAGAUGGCGGACUGUGCGUUAGUUGAUGGGUUGCCUGUAUGUAAAAAUUUAGUUGUAAAUGAAAACGACGUUUUAUUAGGAAGUGCGAGUGAGGACAGCAAUAAUACAGAAGAUAGUGUUAAGUCUACGUAUUUUGUUUGUGAGAGUGACGCCUUGUGUUCAAAAUUCCAGUUAAAUGGCGUGCAGUUGAGAAGCUGCCCCGGAAUGGAUGGCCGUGUGAUGGGUUCAGACACCGAGGAAUUUUCGUCCUCACUGAAAUCGAUACACGAUGAAAAUGGUCAUAAUUGCAGAAAGAAACGUUGUGUAGAUCGCUACGACAGUUCAGAAAGCUCAGACAGUGGAGUAGCAACCCUCAGUUGCACAGACUGCAGUGGCAGCUCCAGUGGGACCAGUGACAUCACAGAGCCUGGGUCUCCCUACAGCACAGUUUCCUCUGCCGAGAGUGAUCCUGAGUCCCCUGGCAAGAUGCCUCCUACACAGUCCACCGAGACUGCUACAGCCCACUGGCCCUGCGCCUGGGUCGACCCUCACUCGCCUAGAUACUUCCAGGGCAAGAUCACUGAGUACUUUCCGGCUCAGCACAAGAAAAGCAGCUGUGAUGCUAAUAAACUGGCUGUGCACCUCUCAGGGACCGUCGUGCCUGUCGCCCGGUUACCCUUCGUCUUCCAGUCCGACAAACCGGCGGAACCCUCCUCACCAGUUACCUCGUUGUUUCGCAAACCCAGCUCUCCACAAGUCCAAGACAGUGUCAGUGUCAGUGAUAGUGUUUUACCUAAACCAAACACUUGUUCUACACCCGCCUCCUCUCCCGCCGACUCGCCUUUGUCCAUCAGCACGGGUGAGACGUGUUCGGACAAACCCUCGUUGCCUUCUCCUAUACUAAGGACUCCGAGUAUCAUUCGGUUCCCAGCCAGGAACGGGUGGAAAGGACAUAUGUGUUCUGACGUCAUCUGUAGGUGGACGGAUUGUACAGAAUCUUUCAGCACCACCUCCGCACUCUUGGAGCACCUUCAGGCCAAGCACGUGUUGACACAAACCCUCUGUGUGUCGUUCAAGUGUCUGUGGAGCGGGUGCAAGGUGUACGACAAGGCAUCAUGUUCAGCCAGCUGGCUAGGCAGGCAUGUGCUCAGCCAUGGAGGCAACAAGCCGUUCCCCUGCAUCGUCACUGGCUGCGGACAGAGGUUCAGCUCACAGAUCAUGCUAGAGAGACAUGUGAACCAACACUUCAACCAGUCGGAGCAGAGCAGCAGUAGCGGGUCCAGCAGCAAGCGCAGUCUAGAGUCAACACCCAACAAACUGUUCCGUCGCAACGGCAAGAAGCUGCGGUACAGGAGACAACCUUACUCUGCGCGGAUGUUCGACUACAUAGACACAGGAAUGAUGGAGGGUGUGCAGCACUCUCUUCUCAACAUCUCCAAGUACCUGUCCUUUGGCAAUGUAGAGGACACUGCUGCCAACAGUGUCACCCUGCACAGCAAGAUAAUCGCCAAAAGGACGAGCAUGGAUGGAACACCCAGUGUUCUUCUGAGGUGGUUUCCCCUUAAUUUUGUAAGGGACGAGUGGGUGCCCGAGUCCAAGGUUCGUCAGACCCAGCAGGUCAGUUGGAGCAAGUGUGAGGAGCCCCAGGCAUGGAUGCAGCCCCCGCUGUUCCACCCCCGCCCAGGCCACAACAAGAGGAAACACACAUCCGGCCCUGCUAAGCGAUGAUACACUGUGUAAUUCCUAGUUACCUAAUUGUCUUAUCUAGUUUUGUCUGAUCUGUUGUUAAACCAACUCUUGAAAAUGCUCAGUUUCAAGUUGGGAUGAUUGGGAAAUUUGUUUAGGGGCUUUACAUUCGGGGCUCGAAGUGUACGGUAGACAAAGUAAUCUUAUUUUCCUGCUGGGUUGGUGGAGAUUAAACUGUCCAAUUAAAAUAAAUCAUUUUUUCUUUAUUUUGUAUGAGAAUAAAGUAGUUAAAUUUAUUUCUGAAGUCUUUCUUAAUGAGGUUUUCCAUCCUCUAACUAAAUUAUAUGAAUAUAGAUGUUUAAUCGUUGGCUGGAUCAUAAAAAAAAUGUUUAAACAAACAAUUAUUUACAACAGGGAUGUUUUUAACUUGACACUGGUGUUGCACUUUGGUGUACUUCUAAUCUUGUGAUAGUUAUUUCCUUUAUUAGGCUGUGUUUAAUGAAGAACCUACUGUAAGCUGAGCAUUUUCAAAAGCGUCGCUCUUGUUAAUUGUACACAUUGUAAUUGAAUUUAUAUCGUACGUUAAUUUAUUUCCAAACUCGUUUUCAGUUUGGAGGCUCUUCCUAAAAUACUUGUAUUUAUUUGAUUUAGUUUUAAGGUUUUAGAGCUGAUAGACAGGUAACACUACUUGUCUGGUAUCCCUCGUCGGUCUAUCCAAUGGUGCCGCGUUGUGUUCAUUUGUGUCUUUUAAUAUUUUUAAAUUUGUUAUUUUUACAUUUUAUGUAUUAGUAUUAAUGUUAGAAAUUUAGCGUCGGUUUUUAAAAUUAUAUAUUAUAUAUAGUUGAUUUAUUCAAGAACUGAUUUUCGUCUUAUUUUGUACUUUUAUGAUUACAGUACUUCAAAUUCUCUUCGGGAUAAGAAUAUUUUAGAACUUUCUGUGUAUUUGACUUUAAAUACUUAUUUCAUUGUCCUUGUUCCUUGAAUAUUCAUCACUGCCACAAUGGAUCGUGCACGGUGGUACAUUAUUGUGUGAAUUGCGUAACUAAACAUGUGAACCAGUAAAGUGCAAAGUAGUCAAGUUAUCUCAUGUUAGAUAUUUACAGUGUCUUAGGCUCAAAUUGUAAGCAUAAAUCCUAAAGUGUGUCAACUCUUCCAUACUAUGAAUGCCGAAUAGGCUCUGUGUAAAUUGUACUUUCUUAAAUUUAGAUUAGAACAUAUAGGGUCGUAGAAUAGUACAAAUUAUUGAAACAGUUAGUGUUGUCAUUACUCUGCAUCAUUUUGGACAUAAAGUUUUUGUUUCUCACUGGAAUAAUUUUGUAUGAAUACGCACAUUUAGGUCUUGUCAUUUGUCUGGGUUUUCACAGUAAUUUGUGUUUAGCAACAUCAGGGAUUUAAAAUAAAAAUAAAAUCUGUACAGGUAUUUUGCUUGGGUGUUGAAGAUUGUCGUUUUAGACUAAAAAAAUCAAACAGAAAAGUCUAUUGAAUAAAUUAUGACUCGAGUGGACAAGUUUAAAAAUCAUUUAAAAAGUCAGUUGUCAAUGUUCUCACAUAUGGAAACAUUUUUCUCUUUCUUGCGGUGAUGGUGAAAUUAUUAAACCCUCUCUUGAAACAUGAGAGUUAGACUGUCCCGUGCCAACUUAGUUUAAGUCCAAACAUCAAAUUGACGACAAGACUGACUACUCAAAUUGGAUUCGUCAGAAUACUCGUAGAUUUAAUCGGUGUACACGGUUUAGAUAUGAGAAGCAUCGACUGUAAAUAUCGUAAGUAACUGUAUUGUAUUGUAAUGUAAUCUAAGUAGAAAGAUCGGGAGAGCACAACCAGCUGAGGUGUUCACACUGCCAAUGUAUUGUAAUGUAUGUAUCUACGAUGGGACUGUAUCGUAUCGUAUUAGUGUUGUAAUUAUCGUUCAAUCGGAUUCUAUUCGCUAAGUAAUUCUCUACUUUUCGGAUCGAAGAGGCUUAUGUACAUAUAGGAAGUAAUACGGUACGGAGACGUUAGUAUUAUAUUUAUUCGUAAGUUUUGUUUUAGGACUGAUUUGAUAAAUUGUAUCUAUUUUAUCUGUAUAGUAGCAAAAUACGGUUAAUUAUGUACGUGUGGUUGAAUUACAGUAAGCCAUUUCCUGGUAGGCUUAGGAUGUUUAGAGGUAAGGAUUGUAUGUUCGUUUGCGCCGGAUAAUAGAUUGUAAUCGGUGAAAUCUGUGAAAUCGUCGAGGUUCCACAACAAGUUUCGUCUAUUGUAAAAUGCUUGACCGUUCACAGUUUGCGCACUCUAAUUGCAUGUCCGUUAUUGUACUCAUACCAAAUAAGUGCGGUAUUGUUGAUUAUAUAUUUAUAUAAAAAUUACAAUCUGUUACUGAGAGUCCUAACAUAACUGACUGUUGUGAAUAUAUAUUAGUAAAUGUUAAAUAAAACAUUGAGGUUGUAGUGUAGAUAAUGUUUGCCGUGCUGAGCAUUUUACUGCGGAGAAACUUGUUUAUGGAACUUGCUGCUACUGAAAGACCGGAUCAGAUUGUCACUGCCAUUAUACUGUACUGCCUAACUUUACGUUCACUGCCAAUGUUUGUGUUGUACCUCCUCUCUAGAACUGGCCAACUAUCAAGUUUUCACUUUCACAUUCAUUAUCAUUUUUACUUGUAACUUGUAACAAUCAAAUGUUUAACUUUAAACUUUAAAUAAUAUUUUUCAUAUUAAAAAAAAAAAAAAAAAAACAUCUAAACAGUUUAGUUUACUGUCACCUUUUGCAGUUGUUGGAAAACUUGAAGCUUGCCCAGUUCUCAGUGAUUCUAGUGCCAUGGGCAGAUGUCAGCCGAUAUGCAAUAUUGUACACUCUUGGUCAUUGUCAUUACCUAUUGAUCUCUGCGGAUGUUUCCGCACCUGACGACUUGUAUUCUAAUUUAGUUUGUAAUUUAUGUAAUCUCCAUAACGGUCAGCACCUGUUUCCGAUCCCUAUUGUAUAAUUUAUUGUGUGCGAUUGAUUUCAAUCCUUUUAUUUUAAUGAUGUUAAUUAUAUAGUAUACAUGAUUUAAACCUUUUAUAUAACUAUGUUAAAUAUAAAUGAUUGACAUUGAA